AUGGCCGACACUCCCGUUACUCUGCGGACUCGCAAGUUCAUUCGCAACCCUCUGCUCGCUCGCAAGCAGAUGGUCGUGGAUGUCCUCCACCCCAACCGCCCCAACGUCUCCAAGGACGAGCUCCGUGAGAAGCUGGCCGACCUCUACAAGAGCAACAAGGACCAGGUCUCCGUCUUCGGGUUCCGCACACAGUACGGUGGUGGCAAGUCCACUGGCUUCGCUCUGGUCUACGACUCCUCCGAGGCCCUGAAGAAGUUCGAGCCCCACUACCGUCUCGUCCGUAUCGGCUUCGCCGACAAGAUCGAGAAGGCUUCCCGCCAACAGCGCAAGCAACGCAAGAACCGCUCCAAGAAGUUCCGUGGUGUCGCCAAGGUCAAGGGUCCCAAGAAGUCCAAGGACUAA